AUGUUCUUUGUCAACGCAACAGUUCUAAAAAUUCAAGGUACGUUAUCAACUAUUUAUCUGGCUUUUGAUACAUUUGAAAAUGUUUAUCAACCUAUUCAGGAGUUAUCAUGAAAGAAAGGCAAACCAUUGAUGGACAUAUUUUUUAUCAUUCUAAUUUUGAGAAAAAAUACUUAUCUAUUCUUAUUAAUCUCAAUGUUAUAGGGCACAACGGAGGUAAGGAAAUACAGGAGUCAUCUAAAGAGCGUGAGUUUCUUUUUUCAUUGUCAUGUAGAUUAUUAUUUUUGAAAUGAAGAAACAAAAACGCAUAAUGAUGAGGUCUGUCAUUAAAGGGCCACCAAAUGAUUUAAUAACAUGUCAUCUAAUAGGACAUUGUAAUGGAACUAUCAGUCUAGUAGGAGAGGAAGUUGAUGGAACCAUGUACCUCCUUCCCCUGGUUGUGAUCCUGGGUGUUGUGACUGCUGUUCUGCUGAUAGUCAUCCUCAUCCUGGUCCUCAAGAUCAUACGAGAGGCAAAAACACACAACACAGGUAGGAGCCCAUUUCAUGAUAAUAUGGGACCUGUGAACUACACUUCAAAUGUGGAUGUUUUUCCAGUGACAUCGUGUACAAUGAUGAUCAGAAGAGUCAGUGUGUACGCUAGAUUGGAAUUAUCCAUUAAUCUGUUCUCUCAUCUCUCUUUAUAUUAUAUUCAGGACCUGAUUCUCAAAGACAACCACAAAAUGAUCAGGUAAAUACUGCAUGAUUAAAUACUGAAUUAUAAGCAAUUCAGAAACGCUGAAACUUACAACUGUAGUCUAUGUCAUGAUGUUUGCAAAUCUACAGAACCAAGAUCCAGAUGCAUUGAAUUAUUCCGCCCUGAAUUUCACCUCCAAGAAGAGGAAGAUGGAGAGGAGAAGAGAGAAGGAGAUGGACACCCAUGUAGUGUAUGCUGCUACAAGAUGACAAAGUGGAGGAGGAUGGAAGAGUAGGAAAUUUGGUUUGCCAUAUCUUUGAAUAAACAUUUAAAUCCUUCUAUUGAAUGAAUGUGUAGUUGAAUGUGUAGUUAAAAUAAAUGUUUUGAAAUGUAAAUCAGUAAAUAUCUCUGUAUCCCUCUCCAACUCAGUUAGGCCACACAGCUCAGUGGUACAGGGUGUGGUUAGAGAGGAGGAGUUAGAAGUAAAAACACCACUGUUUAAUGGCCUCAGAGGAGUAGUUGCCUCUUUUGGCCUCUCUUAGCUUAGAUCUCUGUUGUGUGUGUUAGUGAUUUGGUUAUUUUUUUAUAGGGUGACCCUGAGGGGCAAAGUACCCAGCAGUAGACAAUUGCAUUAUACUGAUCACUUAUAAAGACAAAUAAAGAGUUAAACCAAAAUUGCCUUUGUAAUGAUGUUAAACGCCAAUUAGGAUUUCAUGUUUGGGCUUUACACUGAUCACAGCCCCCUAUUCCAAGAAUGACUUAUAAGGAGAAUAUGAUAGGGGUCUGAGGUAGAGGAGGAGCGAGUGAGGGUAUUGCUCACUUCCUGUGGUGUGAGUGACAGGAAGGAGAAGCUCAGUGUA